AUGGCGGAUCGGCACGAUUUGAGUACUAGAACUGCCAUCGGUGCCGUAAGCAAGAAGGAAAUGGCGCCGGAACCCAGAACACCACCAGAAACCGAGAAUAAGGUAAAUAAUGAUGACAUUUAUGGAAAACGCGUGGAGAAUUUUCGAGCGGGAUCUAAUGCUACAGCAUUUGGACUUUUCUCUCUAAUAUUUAUAGGACACUUGGUCGACCCGAAUUCUUGUUUGCGAAACCUCCUCCCCGUAUUAUGCUUCGUGUUUCAGGGUGCAGAAGCUACCAAGGAACUGCCGGAGCCUCCGAAAACCGGAACCGAGCUCCUGCUCAGCAUCUACACCUCCAUCGCUAAGGGCGUCAACACUUUUUGGCAGCUGUGCCGCAUAUUCUAUCAGUUCCUCUGCCUACUCUACCAAUACCCCAAUGCCACGCACAUCGCCAUCCAAGCCACCUACAAGAGUCUCAAGUUACUCUAUCAGAGCGGUCUCUGGGAUCCGCUUCAAGGAAGGUUCCGAGCUUCAGCCGACGGAAAGAAAUCAUCGAGACCGACGACACCAAGGUCAGGGGAACAGUUGGCUCCGACCAAUAAAACCAUGGAGAAGACACCGGCGGAGCCUUCAAAAAAACAGCCGGUCAGUCCAUCGACUGCUGCCAAGUCUCCAAUCAAAGUUCCAUCUUGAUCAGAUCAUGUCUCCAUGUUAUCAUAGCAAAUGACAGUAAACUAACUAAUCUUGAUCCUUAUUUUCCUGCCCGAUUCACACACAGGAGUCCCUUGUCUGGCCUCAACUAUUUGCAACAAGACUGUUAAAGAAACACGAUCGUAUUUACACAAUAGUAAUAGGACAGUGCACUUUGUUUAUUUGAGUUUCAUUUCUGCGCACUCUCGAGUUGCCCCGAGGCCUGAAAAAAUCAAAAAUUUGUUCCUUUUUUCGCGCAAUUUCGAACUGCAAACACAAAAGCUGACAGUGUGCCGGUGGAAUGGUGAAAAAUGGAAAUUAUGGUAUCUAAAUGGAGGUUCGGAUGUUCCACAAGAACGGAUCUCCGAGCGUCUAAUUAUGCUGUCAUAAUUACAAUACUCGAAUAAGAGAACAAAUAGAGACACUGGAAUUGAUGCGCACCCCAAAAGGAGGCGGUCCCAACACUUCUCCCAUAUAAAAGCCCGAGCUCAGUACAUUCCACGGAUGCUUCCCCAACAUAUCCACCUGUAUAUUCUAGUGUAAUGUACCUUUGUAGUCCGUCUAGAAAUGUAGUACUGUUCUUGAUUCUUGUUGUGUUUACCACUGCCCGAGAGACCCACGACGACAACCGAAAUCUGGUCAGAUAUUGCGGGAAAUUACUGUUGAAUGUGAUGGCCCGAAUUUGCAAUCAUCGAUAUAUCAUGCCCAACAAAGGUAAUAUUAAAUGACUCUCUUUGCUGUAUAAUUUAACUGGGUAAACGGUUUAUGUCCACCAAGUUCUAUAUUUUCCCCGAAAUUUGUCGAUUGCAAAAAGAAUGACCUUACUUUAAACUUCCUUUUCAACUGCACCGCCUAAAAUAAAACUGUAGUAAUGACGGAAAGCAAUGUCUCCGAGAUCCCUGCGACCAGUCCGUUGUCAAUAAUGUGUAAUUACUAGCCCAUUUAAUUAGGGGUGACCCAGUUUGACAGUUCGGCAAAACGUUGCGCAACUCUCUUUACCAGUGAGCCCAGUAAUUUUUUGCAUGAUCGACCUUCGUAAUUACCUUUUGUUCAGACGCACUUCAAAGGCCCAAACGACGGACAGGUGGAUUGGCUAGCCAGUGCUGUACAAACAAAUGCACCAUGGGGUAUCUCAAGUCGUUCUGUGCCACCGACUGA